AUGGAGCAGCUUUCAGAUGAAGAAAUUGACCAUGGUGCUGAAGAAGACAGUGACAAGGAAGACCAGGACCUGGACAAAAUGUUUGGAGCCUGGCUUGGGGAACUGGACAAACUCACUCAGACUUUGGAUUCUGACAAACCCAUAGAACCAGUGAAAAGAUCUCCUCUUCGCCAGGAAACAAACAUGGCCAAUUUUUCUUAUCGUUUCUCCAUAUACAACUUGAAUGAAGCUCUGAAUCAGGGAGAGACUGUUGAUCUGGAUGCCCUGAUGGCCGAUCUUUGCUCUAUAGAGCAGGAGCUCAGCAGUAUUGGUUCAGGAAAUAGUAAGUGUCAAGUCACAGAAACAAAAACUACUCAGAAAUUACCUGCUAACCGACAUACAUCAAAACAUGGCACCUUGAAAGGAUUAUCUUCUUCAUCUAAUAGGAUAACUAAACCUUCUCAUGCUAACUACUCUCUAGAUGACAUCACUGCACAAUUAGAACAGGCCUCCUUGAGCAUGGACGAGGCUGCUCAGCAAUCUCUACUAGAAGAUACUAAGCCCUUAGUAACUAAUCAGCACAGAAGAACCGCAUCAGCAGGCACAGUGAGUGAUGCUGAAGUUCGCUCUAUUAGUAACUCCUCACGUUCUAGCAUCACGUCUGCAGCCUCCAGCAUGGAUUCUUUGGAUAUUGAUAAAGUGACACGCCCUCAAGAACUGGAUUUGACAUCUCAGGGGCAGCCAAUUACUGAGGAGGAACAGGCAGCAAAAUUGAAAGCGGAGAAGAUCAGAAUCGCCCUAGAGAAAAUUAAGGAGGCACAAGUGAAAAAGCUGGUGAUUAGAGUCCACAUGUCUGAUGACAGUUCGAAAACAAUGAUGGUAGAUGAGCGGCAGACAGUGAGACAAGUGCUGGAUAACCUGAUGGACAAAUCCCACUGUGGUUAUAGUUUAGACUGGUCUCUGGUAGAGACCAUUUCUGAGUUACAAAUGGAGAGAAUAUUUGAAGACCAUGAAAACUUGGUUGAAAAUCUUCUUAAUUGGACAAGAGAUAGCCAAAACAAGCUUAUAUUUAUGGAGCGUAUAGAAAAAUAUGCACUUUUCAAAAACCCACAGAAUUAUCUCCUAGGGAAAAAGGAAACAGCUGAAAUGGCAGAUAGAAACAAAGAAGUGCUGUUGGAGGAAUGUUUUUGUGGAAGUUCUGUAACUGUACCGGAAAUUGAAGGAGUGCUUUGGUUGAAAGAUGAUGGCAAGAAGUCCUGGAAAAAACGUUAUUUUCUGUUGAGAGCAUCUGGUAUCUACUAUGUCCCUAAAGGAAAAGCAAAGGUCUCUCGGGAUCUGAUGUGUUUUCUCCAGCUGGAUCAUGUCAAUGUUUAUUAUGGCCAGGAUUAUCGGAACAAAUACAAAGCACCUACAGACUAUUGUCUGGUGCUAAAGCACCCACAAAUCCAGAAGAAAUCUCAGUACAUCAAAUACCUUUGUUGUGAUGAUGUGAGGACUCUACACCAGUGGGUCAACGGGAUCCGCAUUGCAAAGUAUGGGAAGCAGCUCUACAUGAACUAUCAAGAAGCUUUGAAGAGGACUGAAUCAGCUUAUGAUUGGACUUCCUUAUCCAGUUCCAGCAUUAAAUCAGGAUCCAGUUCUUCUAGCAUCCCAGAGUCUCAGUCAAAUCACUCUAAUCAGUCUGAUAGUGGAGUUUCUGAUACUCAGCCAGCUGGACACGUUCGUUCCCAGAGCAUAGUGAGCUCCAUCUUCUCUGAAGCCUGGAAACGAGGUACUCAGUUGGAAGAAUCCAGCAAGGCCAGAAUGGAAUCUGUGAAUCGGCCUUACACUUCACUUAUGCCCCCUUUAUCCCCACAAACCAAAAUAGUCACUCCCUACACUGCUUCACAGCCUUCACCUCCUCUGCCUCCUCCCCCUCCUCCACCCCCUCCUCCACCCCCACCUCCUCCUCCACCCCCUCCUCCACUCCCUAGCCAGUCUGCCCCAUCUGCAGGCUCCUCUGCCACAAUGUUUGUCAAGUACAGCACAAUCACCAGGCUGCAGAAUGCAGCUCAGCAUUCAGGGCCCCUGUUUAAGCCCCCACUGCCCCCCGUGGUGCAGUCUCUGCCCUUAGCCUCACAGUCAGUCAAGCCUCAGAUCCUGGUGCCCCCAAGUGGAGUUGUUCCACCACCCCCGCCCCCUCCUCCACCCCCGACCCCUGGUUCAGCUAUGGCCCAGCUAAAGCCAGCACCAUGUGCCCCAUCCCUUCCACAGUUCAACCCCCCUCCUCCUCCACUGAAGAUUCAUCAAGUUCAACAUGUUACUCAGGUGGCUCCUCCCACACCCCCACCAGCUCCUCCCAUCCCUGCAGUCCUGCCUCCUCAAGCGCCCCCUAAGCCCAUCGUGACCAUCCCCGCACCAGCCAGCACCAAGACUGUGCCCCCAGUUAUGACACAAGCUGCACCACCUACCCCUGCUCCUCCAAUUCCUCCAGCAAAAAAGCAGGCAGUGUUCCCUAUUUCUCACGUUCUGCCCUCUGUGUCUGCUCCCAUCCCAGCUCCAACUCCAGCUCCAGUCCCCCCACCCACACUGCCCAAGCAGCAGAGCUUCUGUGCAAAGCCCCCUCCCCCACCACUGUCUCCAGUGCCCUCCAUGGUGAAGCAGAUGGCCAGCCAGUUCCCACCCCCUCCAACACCUCCCCCUGUGGAAUCUCAGCCCUUAAAGCCUAUUCCAGCAAAUCUCACUCCACAGUCCCCUCCUGCUGUGAAAGCAAAACCCAAGUGGCAGCCCAGCUCCAUCCCUGCUCCUUCUCCUGAUUUUCCUCCUCCCCCUCCUGAAAGCAGCCUGGUGUUUCCUCCACCACCUCCACCCCCCCCACCACCACCACCUCCACCAGCCCCGGCCCCAGCCCCACCACCAGUGCCACCCACAGCUUCUCCUACCCCUGACAAAGGUGGAUCUCCAGGCAAAAAGCCCAGUAAGAUGUCCAGCCCUGGGGGAAAGAAACCACCCCCUACCCCACAGCGCAACUCCAGCAUUAAAUCCAGCACUUGUGCAGAGCACCCUGAGCCUAAGAGACCCUCCGUAGACAGUCUAGUCAGCAAGUUUGCACCACCAACAGAAUCAGGGUCUCCCAUCAAGGAGACCCCACUCCCUCCUGCAGCACCCCCCAAACCUGGAAAACUACAUCUUUCUGGAGUUAGCCUUCCCAGUGUUCUCCAACAAGGGUGUGUGUCGUCAAAACCCUCUGUUCUGAGUGGGCGUGCAAAGGACUCUGUAGUGGAAUUUCCUUCUCCUCCAUCUGAUUCUGAUUUUCCACCCCCUCCACCUGAAAUUGAGCUUCCUCCGCCCCCCAUCGAGAUUCCAGCAGUAUUCUCUGGAAACACCUCUCCAAAAGUGGCAGUUGUUAAUCCUCAACCACAGCCAUGGUCUAAAGCAUCAGUGAAGAAGGCCCCUCCACCUACACGACCCAAAAGGAACGACAGCACCCGCCUCACUCAAGCAGAGAUCUCUGAGCAGCCAACAAUGGCCACAGUUGUGCCACAAGUGCCCACCUCUCCCAAAUCCAGCCUUAGCGUCCAGCCUGGAUUCCUGGCCGACCUCAACAGGACACUGCAACGGAAAUCCAUUACUCGGCAUGGCUCGCUGUCGUCCUCUCGCAUGUCCAGAGCAGAACCCACAGCCACCAUGGAUGAUAUGGCAUUGCCCCCACCACCCCCCGAACUGCUCUCUGAUCAACAGAAGGCCAGUUAUGGAGGCAGUCAUAUCUCGGGCUAUGCAACAUUGCGCAGAGGUCCCCCUCCAGCGCCCCCCAAAAGAGACCAGAACACUAAGCUCUCGAGAGACUGGUAG